AUGAGGCUGGAAAACAACUGGAUCCUGAAGGGCCACCUUGAGGCCACAGGAAGGUGGCUGAACCCCUUGUUUAAAAUCGGUCACAAACGGAGAUUAGAGGAAGAUGAUAUGUAUUCGGUGCUUCCAGAAGAUCGCUCAAAGCAUCUUGGAGAGGAGUUGCAAGGGCACUGGGAUAAAGAGGUUUUGAGAGCAGAGAAAGACGCACGGAAGCCUUCCUUAACGAAAGCGAUCAUUAGGUGUUACUGGAAAUCAUACCUGGUUUUGGGAAUUUUUACGCUAAUUGAGGAAGGCACCAAAGUAAUCCAGCCCAUAUUUUUGGGGAAGAUUAUUAAUUAUUUUGAAAACCACAAUCCUGCUGAUUCCGUGGCCCUGCACGAAGCUUACAUCUACGCCGCGGUGCUGUCCGCCUGCACGCUCGUUCUGGCCAUACUGCACCACCUCUACUUUUACCAUGUCCAGUGCGCUGGCAUGCGGCUCAGAGUUGCCAUGUGCCAUAUGAUUUAUCGGAAGGCCCUUCGCCUUAGUAACACGGCCAUGGGGAAGACCACGACCGGCCAGAUCGUGAAUCUGCUGUCCAACGACGUGAACAAGUUCGACCAGGUGACAAUAUUCUUGCACUUUCUGUGGGCAGGGCCACUGCAGGCCAUCGCAGUGACCGCCUUGCUCUGGAUGGAAAUCGGAAUCUCCUGCCUGGCCGGCAUGGCGGUUCUCAUUAUUCUCCUGCCCUUGCAAAGCUGCAUCGGGAAGCUGUUCUCAUCCCUCCGGAAUAAGACCGCAACGUUCACAGACGUCAGGAUCAGGACCAUGAAUGAAGUUAUCACUGGCAUAAGGAUAAUAAAAAUGUAUGCUUGGGAAAAGCCCUUCUCAGACCUUGUCACCAGUUUGAGAAGGAAGGAGAUCUCCAAGAUUCUGAGAAGUUCCUACCUCAGAGGGAUGAACUUGGCGUCAUUUUUUGUGGCCAGCAAAAUCAUUCUUUUUGUGACUUUCACCACCUAUGUGCUCCUUGGCAACGUGAUCACAGCCAGCCACGUGUUCGUGGCAGUGUCCCUGUACGGGGCCGUGCGGUUGACGGUCACCCUCUUCUUCCCCGCCGCCAUUGAGAGGGUGUCCGAGUCAGUCGUCAGCAUCCGAAGGAUCCAGAACUUUCUGUUACUUGACGAGAUCCCCCAGCGUUCCCUUCCGCUGCCGUCUGACGGUAAAAUAAUGGUGCACGUGCAGGACCUCACCGCCUUCUGGGAUAAGGCAUCAGAAACCCCAACCCUCCAAGGCCUUGCCUUUACUGUCAGACCCGGGGAGCUGUUAGCUGUGGUUGGACCUGUGGGAGCAGGAAAGUCCUCGCUGCUAAGCGCCCUGCUGGGGGAGCUGCCCCGGGACCGGGGGCUGGUCAGCGUGCACGGAAGAGUAGCCUACGUUUCCCAGCAGCCCUGGGUGUUCUCAGGAACCGUGAGGAGUAACAUUUUAUUCGGGAAGAAGUAUGAAAAGGAACAAUAUGAGAAAGUCAUAAAGGCUUGUGCUUUGAGAAAGGAUUUGCAGCUUUUGGAGGACGGAGAUCUGACCGUGAUAGGCGAUCGGGGAGCCACACUGAGCGGGGGGCAGAAGGCCCGGAUCAACCUCGCCAGAGCGGUGUAUCAGGACGCGGACAUCUACCUCCUGGACGACCCUCUGAGCGCCGUGGAUGCGGAAGUGGGCAGGCACCUGUUUGAGCUGUGCAUCUGUCAGACGCUGCACGAGAAGGUCACCAUCUUAGUGACUCAUCAGUUGCAGUACCUAAAAGCUGCAAGUCAGAUUCUGAUAUUGAAAGACGGCAAAAUGGUGCAAAAGGGGACUUACACUGAGUUUAUGAAGUCCGGGGUAGAUUUCGGUUCCCUUUUAAAGAAGGAGGAUGAGGAGGCUGACCAGAGUCCCGCUCCAGUGUCUCCCACUCUGAGGACUCGGAGCUUCUCGGAGUCUUCUGUUUGGUCUCAGCAGUCUUCCAAACAGUCCCUGAAAGACGGCCAUCCAGAGGGCCAGAAAACUGAGAACGUACAGGUUGCGCUGGCAGAGGAGAGGCGUUCGGAAGGGAAAGUUGGUUUCAAGGCCUACAAGAAUUACCUCACCGCCGGUACUCACUGGCUCAUCGUCGUUUUCCUUAUUCUGCUAAACAUCACCUCUCAGGUUGCUUACAUUCUUCAGGACUGGUGGCUCUCGUAUUGGGCAAAUGAACAAAGUGCCCUGAAUGUCACGGGAAGUGGAAAAGAAAAUGUCACCGAGAAGCUCGAUCUUCACUGGUACUUAGGAAUUUAUUCAGGUUUAACUGUGGCUACUGUCCUUUUUGGCAUAGCGAGAUCUCUGUUGGUGUUCUACGUCCUUGUGAAUUCCUCACAAGCUUUGCACAACAAAAUGUUCGAGUCCAUUCUGAGAGCUCCAGUGUUGUUUUUUGACAGAAACCCAAUAGGAAGGAUUUUAAAUCGCUUCUCCAAAGACAUUGGGCACAUGGACGACUUGCUGCCCCUGACGUUUCUAGAUUUCAUCCAGACGUUUCUACAAGUCUGUGGUGUGGUGGGCGUGGCAGUGGCAGUGAUUCCUUGGAUUGCAAUACCUCUGAUUCCCCUCGCCAUCAUUUUCUUCGUUCUUCGGCGAUACUUCUUAGAAACCUCGAGGGAUGUCAAACGCCUGGAAUCUACAACACGGAGUCCGGUGUUUUCCCACUUAUCGUCCUCUCUCCAGGGGCUUUGGACCAUCCGGGCAUACAAAACUGAAGAGAGGUUCCAGGAGCUGUUUGACGCACACCAGGAUUUGCAUUCAGAGGCAUGGUUCUUGUUUCUGACUACGUCCCGAUGGUUCGCCGUGCGUCUGGAUGCCAUCUGCGCCAUCUUUGUCAUCGUUGUUGCCUUUGGGUCCCUGAUUCUGGCAAAAACUUUAGAUGCCGGGCAGGUCGGCCUGGCAUUGUCCUAUGCGCUGACACUCAUGGGCAUGUUCCAGUGGAGCGUCAGGCAGAGCGCCGAGGUGGAGAAUAUGAUGAUUUCUGUAGAAAGGGUGAUUGAAUAUACAGACCUUGAGAAAGAGGCCCCUUGGGAGUAUCAGAACCGCCCUCCGCCCACCUGGCCCCAGGAAGGCAUGAUUGUCUUUGACAAUGUUAACUUCACAUACAGUUUGGACGGACCGCUGGUGUUGAAGCACGUGACCGCACUCAUUAAACCACGGGAAAAGGUUGGCAUUGUGGGAAGAACAGGAGCUGGAAAAAGUUCCCUCAUCUCGGCCCUCUUUAGAUUGUCAGAACCGGAAGGUAAAAUUUGGAUUGAUAAGAUCUUGACAACUGAAAUUGGACUCCACGACUUACGGAAGAAAAUGUCCAUCAUACCUCAGGAACCUUUUUUAUUCACUGGAACAAUGAGGAAAAAUCUGGAUCCCUUUGAUGAGCAUACGGACGAGGAGCUGUGGAGCGCCUUAGCCGAGGUGCAGCUUAAGGAAUGCAUUGAAGAUCUUCCUGGCAAAUUGGACACCCAAUUAGCAGAAUCGGGAUCGAACUUCAGUGUCGGACAGAGGCAGUUGGUGUGCCUUGCAAGAGCCAUCCUCAGGAAAAACCGAAUAUUGAUCCUUGAUGAAGCGACGGCCAAUGUGGAUCUGAGAACUGAUGAGUUAAUACAAAAAAAAAUCCGUGAGAAAUUUGCCCAGUGCACUGUGCUGACCAUUGCACACAGGUUGAACACCAUUAUUGACAACGACAAGAUAAUGGUUUUGGAUUCAGGAAGACUGAGAGAAUAUGAUGAACCGUAUGUUUUGCUGCAGAACGAAGAGAGCCUGUUCUACAAGAUGGUGCAGCAGCUGGGCAAGGCGGAGGCCGCUGCGCUCAUCGAGACGGCGCAGCAGGUGUACGUCAAAAGGAACUAUCCGGAUCUUACUCAGAAUGGCCACGUGGCUCUUGACGCCUCCAAUGGACAGCCCUCAGCCUUUACUAUUUUUGAAACAGCUCUGUGAUUCUGCCACAGUGCCACGUCCAUUCCAGAGGCGUUUUCCUAAUAGUUUUUGUACUGUGUAAAUUCUACUGUGCUGUUUUUUACACUAGCAAAAACAUAUUUACACAUCCAAGAUGUUUAUUUAGAGUUUUCCUCCAGCGUCACCCAAUCAUUUCAAACUCUAUCAGGAUGAUUUACUAUUUUUUUAUUUAUAUGUUAUAGUAUUUUUUUUUCUUAUCUGAAUCACAGGUGCAGGACACCAGUAAAAGCUGUGUACCAGGUUUGGUGCCUUAAGAGACUUCAGAGCCAAAGCUCAUUUUAUAAGGCAUAAGACAAAGUUGUCACAGACCUUUUUUUUUUAAUACUGGCCGAAAUUACAUAUUACUUUCCAAUGAUAUCAGGGAUUCUAUUUACUUGAAGACUGUGUGAAGUUGCCAUUUUGUCUCGCCACUUUUUAAAUAAAUACAUAUAUGAAACUAGGAUCCAUUACUUCUCCCCAAAGGCCUCUGGUUGGAAUAGUACAGCUAAAUCUAAUAGGAAAAACCAAAAAUUAAUUUUAAGUGACAUCAUAGUAGAGUCUACCCUCCUCUAAAAAAGAUACAUGCUUAAAAUACAGGAGGGCAGUAUUUACUUACAUGUUCAGAAUUGGAGGAUGGCCAUGUAGGCGAUUUGAUAAUAAAGGACACAAAUGUGAUCAUUGAUCGUCUUCCAGAUUCGCGGGACUCUGACACAGUGGCCACCGUCAGCAUGGGGACAGAUUCUAAAAAGACCAAACCACAGGCCGUAAUUCCGGAGUACGGCGCAGGGGUCUUCCUUGGAUCCCCGGUCUGCUAACAACUGACAGACUGUGGACUGUAAGCCGGUUGGCUUAGCCUUUACUGAAACCCGCUCUCCACUGUGUGUCCGAGCGCUCCUGACUGGGUGAGAAAAACAGGAAGUCGUCGCAGACAAAGGCUGUGGUCGUGCGGUGCCGUUCUCCGGCUGUGGCCGUGCGGUGCCGUUCUCCGGCUGUGGCCGUGCGGUGCCGUUCUCCGGCUGUGGCCGGCAGCCCCCCGCUUAUGCACCUGCCCGGAGCCUUUGACUUCGACCACUUGUAGCGCUUUGUUUACAUCUUUCUGCUGAGUGGCUCAGCCAGCCACGGUACUUCCCAUCCACGGCUCUUUAGUUCGUCUUGACGGGCUGUGGUGUGCGAGUCCAGGUCGGUGAAGGUUUUGCUCUGGUGGGUUUAGGGGGACUCUCGUGACCUUGAGAAUCAGGCCUAUCAAGUCGCAUAUGUUAACAUAUAUGCCCUCAUACUGCAGAUUUUCAGACCCUUUGAAGAAAGAAGCAAACGGUUUGUAGCAUCAAGCCUUAAAAAGCACCCAAGGCAAACUACACCGAACACUUUGAGUGCAGUAGCUGUUUGGCUCUUUGUAUUUAGAAAUAAUACGGUUAAUGUUUAGUUCAGUAAGCCAGCAAGCGAAUAAUCAUGGAUAGUAUUUCAGGACACUGAAACGGCAACAAUAAUAAUUACAAGGUUUGUUAAAACAGUGGAGAUACUGGAAAUGUGUGUGUGUUUAUUUAGUCUUUAGAGGUUAAGGGCAGUUAAAAAAAAACCAUGUUUCUAUUUUAUUUGUUUUAAUGUCAUCAUAGAAUUUUUUUAUGAAACAAAAUUCAGUUGCAAUAAAUGACCCGUUCUCAUCUCCA